AUGUGGGCGGAUGGCGGCGGCCGCGGCGGGAAGGAGCCGGGCGAGGGGGAUGACGCGGGCCCGGACGACGCGGGGCUGGACAGGGCCGAGGUGGAGGCCGAGGCUCUGGCGGACGAGGUGGAGGGUUUCCACGAGGAGCGGUUCCAGGCGGCCAUGAGGGCGCUGGAGAGCGGGGAUGAGGCGGGCGGCAGCGAGGAGGAGGAGGAGGAGGAAGUGCUGGCCUUGGAGCUGCCCGAGGAGGAGGAAGACGGGGAGGAGGAGGAGGAAGGCGGUGGCAGCGAGGAGGAUGGAGGCGAGGAGGAGGAGGAGGAGGAUGAUGAUGAAGAUGGGGAGCUGUCUAUGGAGAGCGACUUGGAGGAGCGCGGCCGGGACGCCGAGCUGCCGCACGAGCUCUCGUGGGGCCAGCGCAAGCAGCUCUACUACGACACGGACUACGGCGGCGAGGGCAAGGCCAAGGCCAAGCGUGGCCAGCAGGACCUCGAUGCUGAGGAGGAGGAAGAGGAGGAGGAGGCCCAAGUCGUCCAGAGGCGCUUGGUGCAGGACUUGGGUGAGGACGACUUCGGGCUGGACGUGAUCCAGGGCUACUUGGCCGAGCAGCAGAAAGCCCAGCAGGCUGACAAGGGGCAGAAGAUUGCCAAGGAUUUUCAGGCCCUUUCCAGGAAGGAGCAGCUGAAGCUGCUCAAGCAGGAGUCCCCCGAACUCCUGCAGCUCAUCGAGGACUUUGAGGUGAAGCUGAUGGAGCUCAAGGAUGAGCUGCAGCCGCUGCUGCAGAUGGUCAAGAACGGCACCAUCCCCCAAGGGAAAGGCAGUCGCUAUCUGCAGACCAAGUUCCACCUCUACCUGAACUACUGUGCCAAUAUCAGUUUCUAUUUGGUUUUAAAGUCAAAGCGGAUGCUGGUUCACAGUCACCCUGUUAUCGAAAGACUGGUUGCUUACAGAAACAUCAUCAAUGAUCUUGCUGUGGUAGAUCAGAAACUGUCAUCCCAAGUGCGUCUGCUUCUGAAAAGAUUUUAUGACAAGAAGGAGGUUAGACCACGAGAGCAGAAGAAGUUCCCGGCGCUUCCUCCACAGGCUGCCAAGAAAAACAAACCCAAACUUGGCCCUGCAUUUACCAACGGCCGGCGUGAUGGGGAUGAGCUGGCAGAGGAGUCAGACCUGGAUGAAGAAGCGGCCCUGCGGUACUAUAAGAUGAUGGAGGAAAAGGUGAAGCUCAAGAGGAAGAGAACUGCCGAGCAGGAUGUGCUGGAGGAAGAAGGGGAGCAGGAGGAGGAGGAGGAGGAGGACCCGAAUAAAAAGAGGGGCGUCACCUACCAGAUGAUCAAGAACAAAGGCCUCACCCCCAAAAGGAAGAAGAUCGAUCGCAACCCCCGCGUGAAGCACCGGGAGAAGUUCCGGCGAGCCAAGAUCCGCCGCAAGGGCCAGGUGCGCGAGGUGCGGCGGGAGCUGCACAGAUACUCCGGAGAACUGUCCGGGAUCCGCGCCGGGGUCAAGAAGAGCCGCAAGCUCCAAUGA